AUGGCUCACCAAGCGCCCACCAAGUUGGACAUCAACACGUCGUACACGAUGAACUCGGGCUACAAGAUCCCGGCGCUGGGCUAUGGCGUCUACCAGACUCCGGCGGCCGAGUGCGAAGAGGUUGUCCUGCACGCGUUCAAGACGGGUUACCGACACGUGGACUCGGCGCGAAUGUACCGCAACGAACAGCCGUGCGCCGACGCGAUCCGGGCGUCCGGCCUCAGGCGCGAGGACGUCUUCUUCACGAGCAAGGUGCCGCCGAAGUCGAUGAGCUACGAGGCGGCCAAGAAGGCCAUCGAGUCGUCCUUCGCCCAGACCGGGCUGGACUACAUCGACCUGUACCUGAUCCACGCGCCGUACGGCGGCAAGGAGGGCCGGUGCGGCGCGUGGAGGGCGCUCGCCGAGGCGCAGAGGGCGGGCAAGAUCCGCUCGAUCGGCGUGUCCAACUACGGCGUGCACCACCUGGACGAGCUCGAGGAGUACAUCCGCAACUCGGGCGUCGGGGGCACGCUCGACGUCGGCCAGUGGGAGAUCCACCCGUGGCUCCCGCGCAACGACAUCGUCGAGUGGGCCCGCAGGCGCAACGUCGUCGUCGAGGCCUACUGUCCCAUCGUCCGCGGCGAGCGCGCCGACGAACCCGUCCUCCAGGCCCUGUCCAAGAAGCACCGCAAGACCUGGGCCCAGGUCCUGAUCCGCUGGAGCCUGCAAAAGGGCUACGUCCCGCUGCCAAAGAGCGUCACCCCGACCAGGAUCGAGCAGAACGCCGACGUUUUCGACUUUGAGCUGGACGAGGACGACAUGAAGAGCCUGGACAUGCCGAACUCGUAUGAACCUUGCGCCUGGGACCCCACCACCAGCCACGAGUGA